AUGGAGGAGAAUCAGGAAAUUAGUUCCCAAACUCCAUCCACUCCAACUUUAUCUGAGAGUAGUGCUAAUUCACAAACAGAACCAGAAGUUGCAGUAACACAAGCAGAACUAUUAGGAACUGAAAGAGAAGUUGUAGCUGCAGGGACACUCCCUCCACGUCUUGGUAAGAAAAAAUCUAUUGUAUGGGAUCAUUUUGAGACAAUGAUGGUAAAGGGGAAGGGGAAAAGGGCAGUUUGCAAUCAUUGUAAGCAUGAUUAUGCAUGUAACACAAUAGUAAAUGGGACUUCCACCUUGAGGACUCAUUUGCUUCAUUAUUGUCCUAAUUCUCCAAUUAAAGAGGACAAAAGCCAAAAAACCCUUUCAUUUGAGGGAAAAGGUAACCUAGUUGCACAUUCAUUUAGCAAGGAGAGGAGUAUUCUAGCAUGUGUGGAGAUAAUUAUAAUUGAUGAGCUCCCGUUUAGGUUUGUGGAAGGGAUAGGGUUUACACGAUUUAUGAAAGAGGUCCAACCUAGAUUUGAUCCACCAUCUCGUUCGACCGUUGCUAGGAAAGUUUGGAGUGUUUAUCAAGAUCGUAAGGCUACCUUCAAAAGUGAUGCCAUUGGGAGACUUAUUGAGAGGUGUUUAAGUGAUUGGGGUAUAGAAAGAGUGUUCACCAUCACGGUUGACAAUGCAUCGGCUAAUGACGGUGCUAUUAGGUAUGUUGCAAGACAAUUGAGGCAUUGGAAAACUUUACAAUUUGAAGGGGAUCUUUUACACAUGAGGUGUUGUGCACAUAUCAUCAAUCUAAUUUUUUCAAAUGGGUUGAGUGAGAUGCAUAGCUCAAUUAAGAGUAUUCGUAAGGCUUGUAAGUAUACAAGAUCCUCUCCUUCUAGGUUGGAAAAGUUUCGACAAUGUUUAGUGUUGGAGAAGAUUGAUAGCAAAGGUCUUAUGCCUUUAGAGUGCAAAACUAGGUGGAAUUCAAUUUAUCUGAUGUUAGAGGCGGCUUUGAAAGUACAAAGGGCAUUUGAGAGAUUGGAGGAGGAGACCACUGAUUAUGUGCGUUAUUUUGAUAGUAAUGAUAAUGAUGAUGAGAAUCAGCUUGGUAAGAAAAGAAGGGUUGAUGAUCUUAGUUCCUACAAAACGGUGACAGCUAAUGUGCCUUUCCGUGCGAUUUAUAUGAUGGCUGAUGCUUUGAAAAAAGCAAUGAGAAGUGAAGAUGAAUUCUUAAAGAAGGUUGCAACUUCAAUGAAAGCAAAGUUUAACAAGUAUUAG